AUGGAGACAUGGAUAGUAAUUAUAAUUGCUAUUUCUUCUUGUUUUGGUGUUUUCGUAUUUCUUGUGGCCUUGGCUGGAGCCGGAGGCAAAGGUGGGGGUGGUCAUGACGGCGGAGGAGGAGGAGGAGGUGAUGGUGGAGGAGGAGAGGAUGGCGGCGGAGAUGUGGAAAUGGGUGCUGGAGUAAACGGAGGUGGCGUUGGCGGUGAUGGAAAUGGCGGGGGUCAUGGAGGGUUUUGGUCCUUUUGGAGUGGUGCUGGUGGAGGAGACGGAGGUGGAGGCGGCUGGGGCGGAGGCGGCUGGGGCGGAGGCGGCUUUGGUGGUGAUGGAGGUGGUGGAGGUUUUGGCGGCGGCGGUGGGGGUGGGGAUGGAGGUGGAGGCGGCGGCGGAGGAGGAGGAGGAGGAGGUGGAGGAGGUUGCUGA